CGGCGCACUUACGGAAUACCUCGUGCACCUCAUACCAUAAUAUUCGUUCGCUAUUUUUGUUCAGCAACAAUCCGACUAUUUUAAAAUUUCAUUUGUUUAAUAGUAAUUGUUGUAAGAAAAUGGUUUCUCCAGCCAAACGAUCCAAGAGAGUCGCGGCCAUGCCCAAAUCAAAGAAGGGGGAACAGAUUGUUGUGGAAAAGAAGAAGAAGAAUAUAAACGCAGAUACGAAAAAGGACAAGACGCCAAAGACGAUGAAUAAGGAAAAAGUAACAGCCAAGCAAACAAAGAUUGAAAAAGUUGUCGAGAAGAAGGCGAAAAAGGAAAAAGUGGUUGGAAAGAAGGGGAAAAUUGGUGAUGAAGUUUUGUCCCUUGUCGAGUCGAAAAAGCCGAGCGCAGUCGACACGGCUGUUAAACAUGUCCAGAAACUAAAGGCCAGAAAGGAAGACGCUAAAGUGGCUAAGGCAUCUGAGUUAAAGCGUGGAAUUAUUCUAUUAAACCACAUUCCGCACGGAUUCUAUGAGGAAGAGAUGCGAAAAUACUUUUCCCAGUUUGGACGCGUUUUAAGACUGAAAUUGGCCCGAUCAAAAACGACUGGGAAAAGCAAAGGAUUUGCUUUUAUCGAAUUUGAAUUUGAAGAAGUUGCAAAAAUAGUGGCGGAGGCAAUGAAUGGCUACCUGAUGUACGAGCGACUAAUGAAAUGUGAAGUUUUACCAUCAACGGUAAAUUCUCAAAAUUUAUUCAGCUUUAGUUAUGUCCGUCAAGAUAACUUUCCAAAGCUCCGAGCUAGACGUCGUGUGAAAGAUGAACAAACAAAGUCAAAAUCAGAGGAAGAAGUCAAAGAAUUUCUUGAGUUUCGGUUGAAGAAAUUGGACGAACAGAAUAAGAAAUGGGCAGCUUUGGGAAUUAAAUACAAAUACACCCCUCCCACCAUUAGUACGUCAUGAUUCGUUUGGAUAAUCAUAUAUAAAUAUAUAGGUCUCUUUAUAUUGAUAAUGGUAUGCCGAUAAGAAUUACAUUUGACAACUACUUCCCUCGCAAUCUUUGCUAUUAUUAAUAUUGAAUUUCCGAACCAAUUUCUUUGAAUUUUUAAAAUUUAUACAACUUAAAAAAAUAACGAGUUCUAAAUAGUAAUAAAGCAUACGAUUUUACCGUUGA